ACCAUCAAAAUACACAAUUCAUCAUGCAUAUGAUUUAUUCUUUCAAUUCAAAAACAAGUAAACGUCAUUGAAAACAAGAAAAACAAUGGGGCUUCUUGCAACAAUCGCUAGACAUCUGGACACGCUAGUCGGGCCUGGAGUAAUGCUUCUUUACCCCUUGUAUGCAUCCAUGCUAGCGCUCGAAAGCUCUACACCAGAAGAUGAUCAACAAUGGCUCACUUAUUGGGUUUUAUAUUCGUUCAUAACCCUCUUCGAGCUUUCAUUUUGGAAAGUCCUCCAAUGGCUUCCAUUUUGGCCCUACUUGAAGCUAUUGUUUUGCAUGUGGUUGGUGCUACCUGGAAUCAAUGGGGCAGCAUACAUAUAUGCGAAUAUAGCUAGAAAAUACGUCAAGGUUGGGAGCCAUGUAAGCUCAAAAUACCCCGAAGGACAGCGGAAAGUCCUUCAAAUGAUGAGCCUCGAUGCAAGGAAAUCUGUCGAGCGUUAUAUUGAGAAGUAUGGCCCUGAAGCAUUUGAUCGUGUAGUCAAAGCGGCUGAAAAGGAAGCAAACAAAAAAUAAGAAAUAUGGCCUACUAUUUAUAUUUGAGCUUGAGCUUUAGAAAAGAUGUUAAUGUUCUAAUUCUUUGGUAUUAUUUAUGUACGAGAUUCAACUAUUUUUUUUUUAAUGUUUGUUUGUUUGUUUUAAUUUCUCUUUUAUUAUAAAUUAAUUUAAGUUGUUUCA